AUGUCCGUCACAGAAUUCCCACCACUUCUUUCUGAAGAAGAUUUACAAAAAUAUAGAGUACCAUUAAGAUGGAGAGAUAGAUGUGCCACAUACUUUGCUCUUUAUCAUACUUGUCUUAUCAGACAAUCCGCUAAUUCAUCGGUUAGUUGUAAACAUGAUAAACAUGCUUGGGAAGAAUGUGAAAACUUGGAUUAUAUAAGAAGACAAAAUGAAUUAAAAGUUGCUAAAGAGAAAAGAAAAGCUGAAUUGGCUGAAGCUGCUGAAUCAGAUUAG